AUGCUGCGUCGAGACCUUCGCAGCUGGCUGGUGCUGCUAGCGAUGGCCUACGUCCGCGCCACGGAUGUCUACCAAGAGAACCUCUACGGCAUCUCAUCUGGCAUAUCCUACUACAUGCGCAUCACGAUCGGCCAACCAACCUACUCGAAUGCAGCGCCCAAGGCAUCGGCUAAUAACACAUUCAAAUUGCUCAUCGAUACGGGCUCGUCAAAUUUGGCGGUGGCGUCGGCAAGCUGCUGCAGCGGUCUCAACUCUCUGCGCCUCUUCAACUGCGCUGCGUCGAGCACCUGCAAGGCGAAUGCCAAGAAUGACGCCGUCGAUGUCAGCUACGUCGUCGGCUCCUGGAGAGGCAAUAUGGUCCAAGACACAAUGUCGUCGAGCAAUGUAUCGGCGCUGCCCAACAUUCCGUUUGCAACGAUCUCGACGCAAAACAAUUUUUUUGACGGCACCUUUGAUGGCAUCGUGGGCUUGGCUUUUCGCUCGAUCGCCGAGCCCAUGAGCAACCCGCCGCCGACCAUCCUUGAAUCCAUGGUCCAGAACAAAAUUAUCGCCGACGUGUUUGGUCUCCAGCUCUGCGGCGUUCUGCAGCCACACGUCAGUGGUCAUUUACCCAUCGCGGGCCAACUCGGUACAGCGUCACCACCAACCUACGAGCCAUUGAGAUCGAACGGUACUCAUGUAGUGCUUGGCGGUAUCCAAGCGUCCAAUACGCAGCUCUAUCGCGGCCCUAUCCAUUACUCGCCGCUCGUCGUUAAAAAGUGGUAUGUCGUGGUCCUGACCGCCAUGGGCUUCGGGAAUCGCACCCUCAACCUUCCGUGCGCCGUGCUCAACACGCCCAAAGCCAUUGUCGACUCGGGCACGAGCAACCUCAUCUUGCCGACGCAAGCCUAUACGGCGCUGCUGGCCGAGAUCCGCACUGCGACGCUGGCUGCGAUCCCGUCUUUUCCGCUGAGCUACUUUAGCGACAGCGUCGUGUGCUGCGAGAGCUACUGCGACCCGUCUGAUCUGACGUCACCGCUACUGAACUUGCCGUCGAUCUCGAUUUCGCUUGCGCUGGAAGGAAGUUCCGGCGAGCAAAUUACUGUGACGAUCCCGUCCACAUACUACUGGCGGCCGCUCGCGGCAUCCAACGGCUUUGCGACAGUCAACUGCCGCAUCUUCGGCAUCUCGGAAGGCUCGGGCUCGAUGCUCGGCAACGUCUUUAUGGACGGUCUGUACAUUGUGCACGAUCGAGCGGGUGCCCGCAUGGGCUUUGCGGUCGCCGACAACUGCGCCAACAAGGCCAGCUCGAGCAAGUCGAUUACAACUCAAGGCGGCGGUUCGUGGUGCGAGUGCAUGGCGCCGGCGACGCGCAGCGGAAGCCUCGUGAGCGGUGGCUGGCCUGGCACCAAGCCGUGCUUCUUCUGGGCGUGGUGGACGUACGUUAUUGUAGUGGGCAUCGUCGUCGUUGGCGUCUGUCUCGUCAUCAUCGCCGUCCUGUGCAUUCGGAAGCGCCGACACCGCCGGUCGCUGCAGCAUCCAUCGUUCGCGCAGCUCCAAGAGACGCUGCUCGAGAGCGGACCGUCGCCGAUGCUGUCGUCCAACACUUCGGACGACAUCCUCGUGAUGGUCGAGGCCCGCAACACGCCUAACUUUGGCAUGGUGAUCGCGGGGCGGCCCGUCGUGACGGACUUUGCGGAGAUCAGCCCGACGCAGUUCGUCGUCGACGUGCCAUACCCGGAGCAGGUCACCGACAUCACGUUCUUCCUCCUCCCGCACUCGCCCGUGCCGCUGGGCUACGCCGCGGUGUUGUACUUUGCGGUGCCGCACUUGCAGAACUGGCAGCUCCUCGGCAGCGUCUUUGCCGAGAAGCCCAGCGCCAUCUUUCGCACGUCGUGGCCGACGCACCCGGACGUGGCCAACCAGCCCGUCAUCCAAGUCGGCGUCUCCAUCGAGCCCGUUGACAACGUCAAGAACCUCGGGAUUGAAGCCAGCGGCCUCACGGAGCGCAAGGCUUUUGCCCACAAGAUCGCGGUGGACCUCUUCAACUUCAUGUCGUCGUUCUCAACGAGCACGGAUCGAUCGCUCAUGGUCAUCCCGACGAACCUUCUCGACCGCUGGAUCGAGCGCUUUGAAGCCAAGUACCGACGAGACCCCAACUUUAUGAUGAAAGCGUCGACGUAAUACAAGAACCCGAGAUUGAGAAUGCAAGAAAAGGUCGUAGAGAGGAGCCGCCACGAAAGGCGAGGCUUAGCGCACUUG